AAAAAGAGAGGAAGCAAAUACAAAACUUCCCAACCCCACAACUAUGAAAUACUUUGUUGACAAAGACAUAUAUAUGGGUUUCUUCAACCUCAUCUAAAUAACAAAGAAAGCAAACACUGCCUCUGAAAGCUUCAAACAAAGGCUCGUUUUGGUGCAUAAACAAGGAAAGAGAACAAAGCAUAGUGCAAAGCAAAAAAGCAAAAGAGAUAAAUGAUUUUUGUUGUAUUGAAGGUAUGAGAUGAGACAAUGAGUACUUGAAAACUUGGUGUGUGCUUUGAAGAGAGCUAGUUGAUCAUCAAAUUCAUCAGUGAGUGUGUGUGUGUAACAAAUGAUGGCAAAAAACCCUAAUUGGUGGAGCCAAGCUCAGCAACCUUCUGCCUUCUUAUCACCAUCACCAUGUCCCUCUCUCUUCCCUCAGUAUGCAGCUGAUAACCAAGAGUUUCCACAGUCAUGGAGCCAACUACUUAUGGGUGGAUUGGCAAGUGAGGAAGAAAAGUUAGGUCUGAGUCAUUUUCAGUCUAAGAAGUUGGAAAAUUGGGAAGACCAAAUCUUGAGUCCAUCUUUAAGGGUUAAUCCUUCUGUUGUUGAUGUAAAGCAAGAGGUUGCACAAAGUAGGCGGCUGUACGGCCAUGGAGAUGAUGAAUUUCAAACAUGUAGGCCUUCUUGGUCUCAUCAAGUCAUGCCAGUUUCGUCCCCUAGGUCCUGUGUUACAAAUUUAAGCAGCAGCAACAUGCUGGACUUCUCAAAUAACAAGAUCGAUGGGAGGAAUCAACAUCCUGAUCAUUCGCCCGAGUAUAAUAGCACAGCCACUGGUGGGGUUCCUAAGAAGGCUAGGGUUCAAUCUUCUUCAACCCAACCACCUUUGAAGGUGAGAAAGGAGAAGCUAGGUGAUAGAAUAACAGCCCUUCACCAACUAGUUUCCCCAUUUGGAAAGACUGACACUGCGUCUGUGCUGUUAGAAGUGAUUGGGUAUAUUGGAUUCCUUCAGAGUCAAAUUGAGGCACUUAGCUCCCCUUACUUCUGCAAUGCUUCAGCAAACAUGAGGCACCAACAGUCUGUCCAAGGAGAAAGAAAUUGUACGCUUGUUGUGGACUCUGGUCAGGGAAACCAGGAAGCUCCAAAGGACUUGAGGAGUAGAGGGUUGUGCUUGGUUCCAGUAUCUUGCACUCAUCAUGUUGGAAAUGACAAUGGAGCUGAUUACUGGGCUCCAGCUCUUGGUGGAGGAUUUUGAUUUGGGCCUUGUUUGGCUGCACACCAUGCUUAAUGACAGCUUUCAUGGAAUGAUAUGAUUAGGAUGCAUCAUGACCAUUCAUUCUGCUGAUCUAAGGCUGACUGCUCAUGAUGCUAAUUAUCAUUCUACUUUGGAAGUAAUUAAGAGUGUGCUAUAAGGUUUUUAUAGCUCUUAAAUGUACUCUAAAAUGAUGACAAGCUUAUGCGCUUUUUUUCUUUUCUUUUUUUCUUCUAAAAUGCGUUUCUCAAGUUAAUUCAGUUAGUACCAUUAGUCUUCUCAAAUAUCAUUAUUGUGUUCUUGAAGGAGAAAGCUGGUGACAAUUUCAAGGAA